CUUUACCGGCUUUGUGGGCUUUAUGCUCACCGUCACUUCGUAACAUAAAACAUAAGCAAAACUUGGAGCGCUGCAAAAACCAUUCAUUCAUUCUAAAACUGAUUAUUAACAAUAAGUGAAGCUAUCACAGUCAUUCUAAUUGAAACCGAAAUAAAAUUCGAACCGCCAAAAUGCCAGAAGGGGAAGUAGCUGAAAAGAAGCGUGGACGCCAGCCGGCAGCAGCUAAAGAAGAUAAAAGUGAAUCAAAGAAACGUGCUCACGAUCCAUCACCAAAAUCAGCCGAUGAAUCUGUACCAGUUUCCGAAAAUGGUUCCCAGCCGAAACGAGGCCGUGGUCGUCCGAAGGGCAGCAAAAAGACAGCAAAGCCGAAAAAGCCAUCAGUACCAGGACGCGGUCGCGGCCGACCAAAGGCAUCAUCAAACGACGAAGCAGCAUCGGACUAGAAGCAGAGAGUGUUCCUUUCUGGAGGAAAGAGAUGAUUACUGCACAAAACAAA